AUGAUAAUGCGCCUUUCCAAAGCCCUAAUAGACAUGGAGAUGGCAGAUUAUAGCGCAGCGCUAGACCCGGCGUAUACCACUCUGGAGUUUGAGAACAUGCAAGUGCUGGCUAUGAGCAACGACACAUCUCCGUCAGAAGCAGCCAACCUCAACACUUCCAACAGCAUCGGGGUGAGCGCGCUCUGUGCCAUCUGCGGGGACCGCGCCACGGGGAAGCAUUACGGGGCUUCCAGCUGCGAUGGCUGCAAAGGCUUCUUCAGGAGGAGCGUCCGGAAGAACCACAUGUACUCCUGCAGGUUUAACAGGCAGUGUGUGGUAGACAAAGACAAAAGGAACCAGUGCCGAUACUGCAGGCUUAAGAAGUUUUUUGGUGGGUGACGGUGUGGCUUCCUCAAAAGGGCUGUACAAAAUGAACGUGACCGAAUCAGCACCCGGAGAUCAAGUUAUGAAGACAGCAGCUUGCCCUCCAUCAACGUCUUACUGCAGGCAGAAGUCCUGGCACAACAGAUGUCAUCCCCAGUUUCUGUGAUCAAUGGAGACAUCCGAGGGAAGAAGAUCGCCAACAUCUCCGAUGUGUGCGAGUCCAUGAAGCAGCAGCUGCUGGUGCUGGUGGAGUGGGCCAAGUACAUCCCUGCCUUCUGCGAGCUGCCCCUGGAUGAUCAGGUAGCACUGCUGCGAGCACAUGCAGGAGAACAUCUGUUACUGGGAGCUGCCAAGAGGUCCAUGGUGUUCAAGGAUGUCUUGCUGCUAGGAAACGACCACAUCAUCCCGCGGAACUGCCCCGAACUGGUGGAGGUGAACCGUGUGGCCAUCCGCAUCCUGGACGAGCUGGUCCUCCCCUUCCAGGAGCUGCAGAUAGACGAUAAUGAAUAUGCCUGCUUGAAAGCCAUCAUCUUCUUCGACCCAGAUGCCAAAGGACUGAGUGACCCCUCCAAGAUCAAGCGGAUGCGGUACCAGGUGCAGGUCAGCCUGGAGGAUUACAUCAAUGACCGUCAGUACGAUUCCCGGGGGCGCUUCGGGGAGCUGCUGCUGCUGCUGCCUGUGCUGCAGAGCAUCACCUGGCAGAUGAUCGAACAGAUCCAGUUUGUCAAGCUCUUUGGCAUGGCUAAGAUCGACAACCUGCUGCAGGAGAUGCUGCUGGGAGGCUCAUCAAGUGAAACACCGCAUGCUCACCACACCCUGCACCCUCAUCUGAUCCAGGAGAACCUGGGAACAAAUGUCAUUGUGGCCAACACAAUGCCUCCUCAGAUGCACAAUGGGCAGAUGUCUACUCCAGAAACCCCACAGCCAUCUCCACCCGCAGGCUCAGGACCAGAGCAAUACAAGCUGCUGCCCGGAGCCAUUGCAACCAUGGCAAAACAGCCCACCUCCAUCCCACAACCUGCCAUCACGAAACAGGAGGUCAUCUAG